UUACCUUCUGCCAUCAGUUUCAGGUCAAAAUCCAAGCCUCUUCUCAAAUCUCAUCCAAACUGGGUUACCUUAUAGUUUAUUGGGAAGACAUUCAUGGCGGAAUUACUGGCAACUAUGCUGGCGGAAUUGGUAGAAUCUGUGGUAGGAUCAGUGCUUUCGCUGAUCAAAAACUCAUAUGAUACUUUGGUAUUCCGUGUUGAUCCUGAACAUGUAUUUGUAUGGUUGCUGGAUACACUUGUUUUGCUGGUGAUUGAACCAGCAUCACAGACACUAUUCUGGCGAAACUUGCACGAGGAUGAGCAAAUAACUGAUCCUUUCCAAAAGUUGUACAGGGCUGCAAGUUUGGGCGAUAAAGAUGAAUUUUUGGCAACCCUGCGGUCCCUGCCUGCAGCAAAUGGUGAAAAUUCUUUCAUCCAGCCCAUCUCUCAACUGAGUCCCCUCAAGAACACAUUUCUUCACAUAGCAGUGAGCUAUGGCCAUGAACAUCUGGCGAUUGAGAUCGUCAACCUUCACCGUCCGCUUUUGUUUGAGAAAAAUUUCCAAGGUGACACUGCACUUCAUAUUGCGGCCAAAGGUGGGAGACGGGGUAUGGUAGGAUCUCUUCUCGGUUUAAUAGCGGAAACAACUCAAAGUUCAGUUACAAGUGAUGGCGAAACAAUAGAUAUUGAAAAUCAUAUGGCGUUGUUGGAGAUGAAAAAUGAUGAGGGAAACACCGCCUUACAUGAGGCAUUGAUUAAUGGUCACAAACGUGUGGCAUACGAUUUGGUCAAGACCGAUCCUGCCCUUUCAUUUACCGCUAAUAACGAGCAAAAAUCACCUCUGUAUCUUGCAACUGAGGCCAGGUUUCUUUCAAUUGUUAAGCUGAUCAACAGAACUGCAGAUCAGAAUAACACAAGUAGCAUAGGCAAAUCACCAUUGCAUGUUGCAAUUCUUCACCGCAAUAAAGAAAUGAUGGAGGAAAUAUCAACAAUGGGAUUUACCAUCAACCUAAGAGAUGAGGAAGGGAGAACUCCACUUCAUUAUGCAGCGUCAAUAGGUUAUUUACGAGGAGUUUGCUUUUUCUUACGCAAAUGUUCUUCAGAGUCUCAUUAUUGUAAUCAACCUGAUAAUAGUGGCACACUUCCUAUUUGUUCUGCAUCAAGAAAAGGCCAUGUUGACAUUGUUAGAGCUCUCCUUCAACAUUUUCCUGCUUUAAAGGAGGAACCCAUGAGUUCAGAAGGACAAAAUUUGCUUCAUGUUGCAGCAAAAUUUGGAAAACAUAAGCUUGUUAGAUAUUUUCUUCAAAACAGGGAUUUUCUUCAAAACAGGGAUGAAUUUCAGAUGUUGAUUAAUCACAAAGAUAACCAUGGAAAUACUCCUUUACAUUUGGCGACAAUUCACAAACAUGCCAAAGUGGUGAAAUAUUUGGCAUGGGAUAGAAGGACCAACUUAAACCUUUCCAACAGGAAAGACAUGACAGCUCUUGAUAUUGCAGAGAGCACAAAGGAAGUAAUUGGUUCAUUUCGUGGGAGGCUAACUUGGGUAGCACUAAAAUCUGCCGGUGCAAAGAGAGCUAAACAUUUGCAUGUUCUCCUACGAACCACACAGAGUCCUGCAGCAGAUGUUGUAAGAAACACAGAUGGACAAGUUGCAUCCGAAAAUGAAGAUGUUGCUGCUAAAAUCAUUAAAGCUUGUAGACCGGAUAGAGAAAAUUUACAGUCAGUUGACAAGAAAAGUUAUACAGACAGAGUCAACACUCUACUGGUGAUGACCACUCUUGUUGCUACGGUGACAUUUGCAGCUGGUUUCACAAUGCCAGGUGGUUAUAACAACUCCGGCUCUCAUGAAGGCAGAGCAACUUUGCUAACGAGAUCUAUGUUCCAAGUCUUUGUGAUCUCCAACACCAUAGCUAUGUAUAGCUCCCUCUUUGUGGCAGUUACUCUCAUUUGGGCACAAUCUGGUGAUCUGAUUAUGGUAUUCACAGCUCUUCGUUUGGUAAUGCCAGUGUUGGGGAUUGCACUAGCCAUGCUGUCUUUAGCAUUUACGGCUGGCGUUUACGUGGUGCUAAGCAAUCUUCCUUGGCUUGCGUCUUUGGUGUUGGCCAUCGGAGGACUUUUUCUCUAUACAGUCUUGGUACUUUUCGGUCCGUUCUUCUUUCCAAGGACAGACCCCACUUUCCCUCACAUCGAUUACUAUCCCUUUUAUCUGAUAGCAUUACUAGUUUCUGGAAGUCAAUGGAAUGACCUAGAUGAAGACUAACUUCAUCUUUUGGACGACGAAAUUCAGGCUUGUUAUGUUAUUUAUAAUUCAACAGUUUCAGACAAAACCCUCUUAGGAGGUAAGUUCUGGGAUUUGGCUGGUGGUGUUUUUGUGUCUCUUUGGCGGGUUUCUGUUACGGACUUCUUACACUAGGAUGGUUUGGAUAUGUUUGGUGAAAUACCUCUAUGCAGAUUUGGUGACGAUCCUGGGCCACCGGCGGGAUUGGCUUGUGGCGGCGAUGACACAGCCUACCCCUCUUCCCUCACCUGGAGGGUUAGCUACUAAUUGGGCUUUUAUUGCUUUUUGGGCUUGUUUUGUCUUGUGUUUACUUGUUGACUAAUUUUGGGUCUUUGUUUGUAUUGUGUUGGUACUUCAA